AUGAACUUCAAUGAUUCAAGUUUGCAUGCAGCAGCGGGAGUUAACCCUUCAGAGAGCGUGAAGUUUCCGUCGACCUACUACUUUCUUCCUCACUUGCUGGACGACCCGAAUAGCUUAAAGUUGGGUUACUUGAUGUCCAGAAACCGAAACGGAGUUUCCCUAGUGAUGGGUGUUCCUACGGUUCGAAGGGAGAAGCAAAGUUACCUCAUGGACACACUGCAGAAUCUCGUAGAUGGUCUCACUGAAGAAGAAGCUAAUGAUUCUCUCAUAGUUGUUUUUGUUGGAGAGGUAGGACUCAUUUUCAGACUUAACAACUUCAUGAUAUCUCACAUUAUCCAUUUAUCGAUCUGGUUCCGUACCAUAGAAUUUGGUACACCUAAAGUCGAUUCGGGGCCCAUACAUGAAGUUGAUGACCCGUGUUUGGCAAACUGGUCAGCUCUUUCGUCGCCUAAGUGUCGGUACCCAGUAUAUUAUCAAUAUAUUCCUGUCCCUCAGUUCCCUCAGUUAUUCACGACAUUCCUAGACCAGUGCAACCUGGUUGUCUGUGAUAAUAUUCUUCCACUCAUUUGGUUGAGGCCUCAAAUUGAGGCUGUUCCAGAGUUGCAAGAUUGCAAAUACUUCAGCCUGGAAGCGUUUCCUGUACAAGUUGAUUCUGGUUUGAUAGAGGUGGUUGCUCCCUCUCCUGGUUACUACCCAAAUUUCGAUAAACUUCAGCCGUCACUAGGAGAUCCUCCAGAAAGAGUGCGUUGGAGAUCGAAACAAAAUUUGGAUUUUGCCUUUCUGAUGUCUUAUUGCCAACCAAAAGGUACGUUCUACGUUCAGCUAGAGGAUGAUAUUUUAGCCAAACCGUCUUAUGUUACCAUCAUGAAGAAGUUCGCUAUCGAGAAAAUUGCUAGACAAGAGCCAUGGUUUGUUUUGGAUUUUUGUCAGCUUGGAUUCAUUGGAAAAAUGUUUAAAAGUGCAGAAUUACCGUGGCUGAUUCAAUUCUUCCAAAUGUUUUUCAACGAUAAACCAGUGGACUGGCUGUUGGACCAUUUGAUCACCACAAAAAUUUGCAACUGGAAUAAGAAGGUGAGUAUAUUAAUUUUUGUACAUUUUUUCUUCAUUGUUUUCAAGUUAAUCCAUGUGGUAGUCCGGGUUCGUUGCGGUGGUCAAUGGUCCAGAUGUUGGGACUCGGUACGGGUUUUUUGGGCCGGGGUUGUGUUUGUUUCGGUUCUUUCCGGGACGCUGCUGCAGGUAUCCGCUAUCUGUAUCCCAGUGGGAAAUCCUCUAGGAUGUCCUAGAUCGGCUCCGGAUAAACAAUUCGGCAAAGUUGCUCUUUUCUUCCCACAUAGUAACCCAGAAGCGGAAGUCACGUCAGGAAUCAAGCAUUACAAGCAAUACACACUGAAACAUGCUUAUCUCGGAGAAAACUUCUUCUGGGGCCUCCUACCGCAGCCCGGUGAUCAGCUGGUAUUUAAUUUCAUGACGCCUAUUAUCGUCAAGAGGUUUUAUUUCCGAAGUGGUAAUGCAGAACAUCCAUCUGAUAAAUUCUAUAACACGACUGUGGAAGUCUUACCAGUUGCUGAAGUCAGUCAGAAGGGUAAUUCUCCGAAUAUUACAAGUGAUGGGUAUAUUAUUGUGGGUAAAUUUGAUAGCACCGGAAUUGCUACUGGCACUCCAAACGAGAGUAUUGGAAAAGUUAAAACGUUACGGCUCAACGUUCAUAGUGAGAGCGAGAAUUGGGCCAUCUUGAGUGAGAUACAUAUUCAGGACGAAUUGAGCGCCAGGUGACCAACUUCCAAAGUACGAGCAGUGUCAUCGACAUUUUUGUACCAGCAUUUACCUCGGCGCAUACUAGAUCGCUCAACUGCGCAUCAUCUGUGAUAUAUACCCAACUGUUGAUAAAUAACAACGACUUCCGGGUCGAACUGUGUUUGGAAUUGAUCGCGAGGUUAUUAACACAACGGAAAUAGUACUAAUUAUUAUAGAUAUAAAUAUCAUAAUUGGAACAGUUGCUUCAAACAACAUAAUGAUUACCUUUCAUCAUAAUGCAUUGUUAUGUAUAUCAAUUGAAAUGAAAGUUGUUCAAAACAAAUCUCAGGAUCA